AUGGAGAGCAAUAAUAACCGCGCGCAGGCGCAACAACGAUCAUCGGGACGGAAGCAGUGCGCGGGAUGCAGAACCGAGGUCCAUGAUUCGAGGCAGGCGUUCAAGAUAGAGGCGUUGGACAAUCGGGUUUACCACAUUCAGUGCUUCAGGUGCUGUGUGUGCGAGCGGGAGUUUGACAACGACAAUCCGUUCAUACCUCAAGAUGGUCUGGCUUUUUGCGAGCAGGACUAUCAACAGUCGCUUCGUAACAUUUGCGGUGGAUGCGGUCAGAGUGUUUUCUCCCGAGUGGUAUAUGCUCUUGGCAAACCAUGGCACGAAGAGCACUUGAAAUGUUCCGCAUGCUUCAAGCCGAUCAGAGGGAAUCCCUUUGAGCACAACAAUAAGGUAUACUGUGCGGCAGACUACAAAAACCUCGUAGCAGAAAAAUGCCGAGAAUGCGAUUUACCAAUCGAGGGCGAAACCAUCUGCGCACUGGAUUCGUCGUUCCAUAAGGAGUGCUUUGUGUGCAAGACCUGCAAGGAACCGUUUGCAGAUCGUAACUUUUACGUGUACGACGACGAACCACUUUGCAACAUUCACUUUCAUGAGAAGAAUAAUUCGCUUUGCGGUGCUUGUGGGGACCCAAUUGAAGGUCCAUGCGCAGACAUCGCUGAGACGGGACGCCGUUUCCACACCAACUGCUGGGCCUGCUGCGUAUGCCGCACCCCACUGGUGUCCGUCUACUACAGUCACAACGGCCGGCCAUACUGCGAGCACGACAUCCACGAACUGUACCGGAGGGAAAAGUCGCAAAACCAACGGGCGAAAAAGCGGCAGACUUUGAUGAUGAACUUGUAG